GAAGGGGGGGGAGCCAUCUUCACCGGCUUCUUUUUUCCCCUCCCCUUCCCUUCCCCUCCCCCACCUCCUCUUCACUCCUGACGACCACGUUUGCAGAGAGGAGAGAAAAGCCAGGGUGGACUUCUACCGCAACCGUUGGGCAGGCGGCAAAGCCUACCGAGGAUUCGUCUGAUGUAGUCGCUGCCGCUCGCACUGUCACAGCGUCCCGCCCGGAUUGUGACAGCUUUCUGGCAUGAUACAAAGUUUUUCUUGUCAAGAUACGAGCUCACUGAGGCAUUAUGGCAGAUAAACUAACCAGAAUUGCCAUAGUCAGCCAUGAUAAGUGCAAACCCAAAAAAUGUCGUCAGGAGUGCAAGAAGAGCUGUCCAGUAGUUCGAAUGGGAAAGCUUUGUAUUGAAGUUACUGCUCAAAGUAAGAUUGCCUGGAUUUCAGAAACUCUCUGUAUUGGUUGUGGGAUUUGCAUUAAGAAAUGUCCUUUUGGGGCUUUGUCGAUUGUUAACUUGCCAAGUAAUUUAGCUAAAGAGACAACACACCGAUACUGUGCAAACUCCUUCAAACUUCACAGGUUGCCUAUUCCUCGACCUGGCGAAGUUUUGGGUUUGGUGGGAACGAAUGGGAUUGGAAAAUCCACAGCUUUGAAGAUCCUAGCGGGAAAGCAAAAGCCCAAUCUGGGGAAAUAUGAUGACCCUCCUGACUGGCAGGAGAUUUUGACUUAUUUCCGAGGUUCUGAACUACAGAACUAUUUUACAAAGAUCCUAGAGGAUGAUCUCAAGGCCAUCAUCAAACCCCAGUAUGUGGACCAGAUCCCAAAGGCCGUAAAGGGCACUGUGGGUUCUAUUUUGGAUAGAAAAGAUGAGACCAAAACUCAGGAUGUUAUUUGUGAACAUCUUGAUUUGACUCACCUAAAAGACAGGAAUGUUGAGGACCUCUCUGGAGGGGAGCUGCAAAGAUUUGCAUGUGCAGUGGUGUGCAUUCAAAAAGCUGACAUCUUCAUGUUUGAUGAGCCCUCCAGUUACCUGGAUGUUAAACAGCGUUUGAAGGCUGCCAUCACCAUUCGCUCGCUUAUAAAUCCGGAUAGAUAUAUUAUCGUUGUGGAGCACGAUUUGAGCGUGUUGGAUUACCUUUCUGAUUUCAUUUGCUGUUUAUAUGGCGUGCCGAGUGCAUAUGGUGUUGUCACCAUGCCUUUCAGUGUUCGAGAAGGUAUCAACAUAUUCUUGGAUGGAUAUGUGCCAACAGAAAACUUGAGAUUCCGCGAUGCCUCUUUGAUUUUCAAAGUAGCUGAAACAGCAAAUGAGGAAGAGGUCAAAAAAAUGUGCCGAUAUCAUUAUCCAAGAAUGAAGAAAAAGAUGGGCGAAUUUGAACUGGAAAUUGGGACUGGAGAAUUCACAGAUUCUGAAAUCAUGGUAAUGCUGGGAGAAAAUGGUACAGGGAAGACCACAUUCAUCAGAAUGCUGGCUGGAAGACUGAAGCCAGACGAAGGAGGUGCAGUGCCUGUGCUGAAUGUCAGCUACAAACCACAGAAGAUCAGCCCUAAGUCCCAAGGGACUGUUCGUCAGCUGCUUCAUGAAAAGAUCAGAGAUGCCUACACCCAUCCACAGUUUGUGACUGAUGUGAUGAAACCAUUGCAAAUUGAAAGUAUCAUUGAUCAAGAGGUCCAGAAUCUAUCUGGAGGUGAAUUGCAACGUGUGGCACUGGCUCUGUGUCUCGGUAAACCAGCAGAUGUCUACUUGAUUGAUGAACCAUCAGCAUACCUGGAUUCUGAACAGCGUUUAAUGGCUGGAAGGGUAAUUAAACGCUUCAUUCUCCAUGCAAAGAAGACUGCCUUUGUUGUGGAACAUGACUUUAUAAUGGCUACCUAUUUGGCUGACCGUGUGAUUGUAUUUGAUGGAAUACCAUCUCGGAGUACAAUAGCUAAUCCUCCACAGACACUGCUUGCUGGAAUGAAUAAAUUCUUGUCUCAGCUGGAAAUCACAUUCCGAAGAGACCCAAACAAUUAUAGACCAAGGAUUAAUAAGAUGAAUUCUAUUAAGGAUGUGGAGCAGAAGAAGAGUGGAAACUACUUUUUCUUGGAUGAUUAAACUUUCAUUUUUUCAGAGCCAAACUGGUGGAUCCACAUUGUCAUAUUCAAUACAAGAAACAUUCAGAAUGAAAACUGACAGACAUCUUUUACUGUUCAAUCAACAACUACAGAGCAGUUCUUAAUUUUGAAAAUGUUCAUGUUCCCCCACUUAAUAUUUCUAGAUAAUUGGUGUAUGCUCUGGAAAUUGUGGUUUUAUCACAUCUACAUUUAUUUAUUCAUGGCUGUGAUGAAAAAAUGCCAGUUUCAGGCAGACAAAGUAGAAACUCAUUGAAUUGGUGAAAAACAACCAUGUUCUGUAAAAGGUGACCAGAGAGGUUAUGGUAUAUUUAACAAAACAAAAAGUGGAAACAUCAAUUCUGCUUUAUUUUUACAUCCGUUUCUUUUGACAAUAAUUGCAUUUUGAUGAGUAAUCUUUUAUUUGCAAACGGUGUCCUACUGACAAUAUUAAAUCAUAUCAAAUGUA